AUGCCCGAAAAACGCAGCAGAAAGGCUCCUCGUCUCCAUUUCCCUCCAGAGCCCGCCUAUGUCGUCCUAAAGUCGCAAUCAGACUCUGUGUCGCUACGUGAUUUGGUGCUUUCCCGAUGCAAGAGUCUGUCAACAAAAUAUCGCCCAACCUGGUGGCUUCCCAAUGGACACAUGCACACUAUGCAUUCCGUGCUCGGUGACUUCUCCGAGGUAGACAAGGUCUGGUACCAGAGACGACUGCUGAGACUAGUGGAUGGGGGAACAUUGGGAUUGGAUUUCGCGCCGCCAGACUCACCGGACAUUCCUGACGACACUCCGAUAAUCGUCGUUCAACAUGGAUUGACUGGUGGCUCGCAUGAGCCCUACGUGCGUUCAGUAUUAGCUCCGGCAACUGCGCCCGUCGAUCGUGGUGGACUUGGUUAUCGCGCUGUCGUUGUGAAUUUUCGUGGAUGUUCUGGUGUUCCAAUCACGAGUCCAAAAUUCUAUACCGCGGCUCAAACGGACGACCUGCGACAAGCCUUGACCUAUAUCUCAUCAAGAUUUCCCAAUGCUCCUCUCGUUGGCCUUGGGUUUUCCAUUGGAGGCAAUGUCCUCAUUCGCUACCUUGCAGAGGAGGGGGUGAACAGUCGUAUAUCUGCAGCCGCAAUAUUAGGAAACCCAUGGGACCUUGUCAAAAACACUCUAGGUCUUCACGACAGCACCAUGGGACGUUAUGUCUACCUUCCAGGCAUGGGUGCCAAUAUCAAAAGAUUGUUACUCCACCAUCAAGCUAUCUUCUUCAAAAACCCAGCCCACCCGACUGCUGCUGCCCUCCGCGCCGCCUUACACCUAAAAAAGCCUACUCUAACGGACUUUGACGAUAUAUAUACGCGCACUGUCGGCGAUACUCCACCGUUUCCCUUCAACUCUGUUCACGAGUACUACGCUUGGGCAAGUAGUCACGAGGUCGCUGCAGAUGUCCGUGUUCCUUGCCUUACAAUCAACGCUGCAGACGACCCCGUUGUCCAGCGAGUCCAGAUGCCUGGCGCCGAUGCGCAGAACAACGGAUAUGUUGUGACAGCCAUAACCGAGUCUGGUGGGCAUCUAGGGUGGUUUUUUGGACGCAAAGGACGCAAAAGGUGGACGACGAAGCCAGUGCUUGAGUGGCUGCAGCUGUUUGGCACGGAUGUUGUCCGAGACGUGCCGACUGUUGUUGUCUCCGUGGAUGACGAUGGGUUUAUCAGAGAAAGCCAGUGGCCAAACCUUGGUUGCAAAGAAGUUGGCGACAUGCUUGUCGAUGGAAACCGUCCUAGGAAGGAGCUUUUCUUGCAAGGGUUCUAA